UUCUCAGCCAGGACUCAGCCACUCACCCUGAUAGCACGAUGAUGCCCAUGCCAUCUCUCCAGAUCCUGCUGGUGCUCAGCCUAACACCACAGCUGGUGCUUGGGAGUCUCAAGCAGUACUUUCUGAGGCAGAUUUUGGAACCUCCACCCUGCAGAUCGAAACCGGAGAACUGUUUCCACUUCUGUACAACACAGGAGGAAUGCCCAGAAAAUCUUCAGUGCUGCUCUGCUUACUGUGGAAUCGUCUGCUCAUUAAAUAAGUUCCAAGGAAUCAAAAAGAUCAAGCAAGAGAGAUCCGGGAGGCAUUAUGUCUGA